AUGGACGCGCCGGACGUCGGAGCGGGCGCCGGUCCCUCAGCCGCUGAGGCCGUGCCGACCAAGGAUGAGGCGACGACGGCAGCCGCUGCAGCCACGGUGAGGAUCCUGAGCGUCAGGGUGGCCGCCAUUUGCUUCGUUCUUGGUAGUGGAACGACGAGAUGGAUUGCUUGCGAGUGCAGAGAGGAAGAAGCCGUGGAGGCUGUGUGA